AUGUAAGAUGAAAAUAAAAAUAAAGGACUGUAGCAUCUUAAUUAAAUGGAACAAUUAUUUCAAAUGCAAGGUCGAAUUUAAAGUAUGGAAGCCCUGCAAACACCGGUCCAUUAAAAGAUUCUAUAUAUAUAGCUGGUCAACCUAAUCCGCAUUGUUAUACGUUUAGUGUGAUGGAUGUUUAAUUUAAACAAAGAUAUGAAAUUAACUAAAUAAAAGUCUGGUUCUAUGAUUUAGACGGUAGAGUACAUAGUUUUAAAAUAAUUUUGAUUGAUAAAGAUAAUAUAGAAAAGGAAUUAUUUUCAGGGUAUUAAAAACAAGGUCUUGUAACAAUUAAUUUUGAAGAUCAUUUUGCAUUAUAGAUAAAAAUAAUCAUUAUGUCUGGUAGUUCGUAUAAUGCUUUAGCUAUAAUAAAAAUUAAUGUUUACUUAAUUAAUGCAAUAAAAAAUUUAAUUUAAAAUGCAAUAUCAAUAAUUAGAAUGGUUGCUUAAAUACUAUAUAUGAACAUUUGA